AUGGCCAGUGUUUCAUCGAGUUCCCAGGCCGUGAGCCAGAGUCCCCAGCCCGGCCCCUCCGGGAACCCGCCGGAGGUGAUGCUGGGGGCAGAAAGACCAGGGCCGCCAGCAGCCCAGGCACACAGCAGCCCUCUGCCAGAGGGCUGCGGCCGGCACGGGAAGCGGCAGAGGGCGGCCACUCGCCAGGAGGAGUCGGAGGAGGAGGCAGCCCCGGGCAAGGCGGAAGCCUGGGUCGUGGUCAGGCUGUGUGGCCUCAAGAUGAGGCUGAAGCAACGGCGGGUGUCCCCGGUGCUGCCCAAGCACCACGAGGCCUUCAAAAGGCUGCCUGCCCAGGCACACAGCAGCCCAAUGCCAGCGGACUCCGGCCGGCGCAGGAAGCGGGCGAGGCCGGCUGCUCUCCAGGAGGAGUCGGAGGAGGAGGCAGCCCCGGGCGAGGAGGACGCCUGGGACCCAGACAUGCUGCGCGGCCUCAAGAUGAGGCUGAAGCGACGGCGGGUGUCCCCGGUGCUGCCCGAGCACCACGAGGCCUUCAAAAGGCUGCUUGGGGACCGUGUUGUUAAAAGAUUCCUGGCCUGGGACAAAAAUCUGAGGGUGUCUGACAAGUAUCUCCUGGCCAUGGUCAUAGCGUAUUUCAGCCGGGCUGGCCUCCCCCCCAGGCAGUACCAGAGAAUUCACUUCUUCGUAGCUCUCUACCUGGCCAACGACAUGGAGGAGGACGACGAGGGCCCAAAGCAGGCCAUCCUUUGGCUCCUCUACAAGAACAACCGUGCCCAGCGUCUCCUCUUCCACCAGCGGCGAGUCCAAUUCGCCCAGUCCAUGGGCUGGAAGGCCUGGGUCUCCCGGGAAGAGUGUGAGGAGAUCCAAGCGUUUGACCCAGAGCUCCCGGUGUGGAGGCGAGACCGCAGCCUGCUUGCUGUGUGAGCGCUCCCGGGACCCUGGAGGCUUGGGCUCACCGGCCCGAAAGAAGGGUAGUCUGGAUCCUCAGGUGUACACAGAGCACCUCGUUGUAUCAACUUAGGAAGUCACCCUUCCAGACACCGACUCUGCUCCCAGCCACAGGCCGAAGACACACGCAGGUA